AUGCCAAAGCUCCGAAAGCGUGGUGGCGGUGUUGACACAGGCGGUAACACUCCCCCUCACUUCUUCAACUUCGAGCGCAUCAUAUCUCUCAGACUCCGAGACUAUUGCUUCUGCUCCACGGCCCCCACAUCUGGAGCCCCGAAGCCUCCGAUAGGAAGCGCGCCAUCGCUGCCAGGUCGACCUACACCUCCCGUCCCCUCGAUUGCGGCCCUUCGAAAGAACGUCAGCGACGUAGCGAGGCCACAUUCCACAGCGUCAUUAAAGGGGCCGCCUCCCCCAUCGGCAAGAAACCUCCACCUCUUCCUGUGUCUCGCAAGCCCUCUGCUCCACCCUCCCACGCCCCUCCUCUUCCUGGUGCCCCGGCACCGCCGCCACCGUCUUCAUCGGCUCCCCCACUACCUCCCCGGCGCCAUCAAGGCCGCCACAACCAGCUUCCCGCUCACCCGCCGCACCGCCGCCCCCACCACCACCUCCGGCACCCUCCUCAUCAUCUCCGGUCGGUGUACCUCCCCCGCCCCGCCCCCGCCGCCUUCAUCAUCCGCCCCUAGUAUAGCGGUGCAGGCAGCGAUCCGGGCGGCUGGCCAAGCCUCUCCCUCCUCGGCACCUCCGCCACCGCCGCCAUCUUCUGCACCGUUGCCGCCUUUGGCGGCCCCCUUCCCGGUCCAAUGUGCCGACCCCUCUACGCGCCUCCAUGCUUGA